GUUAAACUCAACAAUAAAAGUCCAGGAGACACGUGUAAUACAUAAUAAAUAUUAUAAUGUUAUUGCUGAGAUAACUAAUUGUCAAAAAGUUAAAUCACAAAAUAUAUAUUAAAUAAAUACCGAAGGAUAAAUAAAUAAAUAUCCAAGAUGAGUACGAUAUUGGAGAAAAUAGCGGCCAUCGAGGCUGAGAUGAGCCGAACUCAAAAAAAUAAAGCAACCUCAGGUCACUUGGCAACUUUGAAAGCUAAGCUAGCUAAAUUAAGACGUGAAUUGAUAACUCCAAAAGGUGGUGGCGGUGGUGCCGGAGAACAAGGUUUCGAGGUUGCGAAAACUGGAGAUGCUAGGAUUGGUUUUGUCGGUUUUCCUUCAGUAGGAAAAUCAACUUUGCUUAGUACUCUAGCUGGUGUUUAUUCAGAAGUUGCAGCUUAUGAAUUUACAACAUUGACAACUGUUCCUGGUUGUAUUAAAUACAAGGGUGCGAAAAUUCAGCUUCUGGAUUUACCCGGUAUUAUUGAAGGUGCUAAAGAUGGUAAAGGUCGUGGUAGACAAGUAAUUGCUGUAGCGCGUACAUGCAGUCUUAUAUUUAUUGUCCUCGACGUACUGAAACCGCUGGGACACAAGAGACUCAUUGAACAUGAGUUGGAAGGUUUCGGGUUGAGAUUAAAUAAGCAACCGCCUAAUAUUACGUUCAGAAAAAAAGAAAAGGGUGGAGUCAAUCUACAAACUAUGUGCACGCAAACAGAACUGGACUUAGAUACCGUAAAAUCAAUUUUAUCUGAGUACAGAAUUCAUAACGCCGAUAUUACUCUGAGAUACGACGCAAGCGCCGAUGAUCUUAUUGAUGUAAUUGAAGGAAAUCGCGUUUACGUACCGUGCAUUUAUUUGCUAAAUAAAAUAGAUCAAAUAAGUAUUGAAGAACUAGACGUUAUCUACAAGAUUCCUCACUGCGUACCGAUUUCCGCUCAUCAUAAAUGGAAUUUUGAUGACUUGCUUGAAAAAAUGUGGGACUAUCUCCAGCUUGUUAGAAUUUACACUAAACCUAAAGGGCAACUUCCUGAUUAUAAUUCACCCGUGGUAUUGAAUAAGGAAAGACGAACUGUUGAAGAUUUUUGUAAUAAACUUCAUCGAUCUAUUGCUAAAGAAUUUAAAUAUGCAUUGGUCUGGGGAUCGUCGGUUAAACAUCAGCCGCAAAAAGUAGGAAAGGAUCACGUACUAAGUGAUGAAGAUGUUGUACAAAUUGUGAAGAAAGUCUGAAUGACAAUGAUAAUAAUAAUGAUAAUAAAUAAUGAAAUGAUAAGUCUUGAUAUGAUUGCACAUCAAGCGACAAAUGUUUAUAUAAAUUUUUUCUCAACAA